AUGGCAGCGGAUAUUGAUAUGAGCCUGGAAGACUAUAUUAAGACUCGAAUGAAUAUGGUUGGUUCAAGAAAAUGUCGAGACCGUUCAGAAGAUCCUCAGAGGAUGUCUGUUUUGAGCACUGUGGUUGUGGCAAGUCAAUGCAAGGAUAUGACAGACAAAGACAAUUGCAGAAGGAGCAACACCAUGCACAAGAGGGAAGGAUUCCGCAAUCAUAAGUUGGGUGAAUCGGCCAAAGUCCUCAUAUCUAACCUGCGAUAUACAGUAACAGACGCAGAAAUUUAUGAGCUGUUUGCUGAAUUUGGAACCAUUAUAAAUGCAGCAGUUAACAAUGAUAACUUGGGAAAGUCAUUAGGUACAGCGUAUAUUGUCUUUGCCCGAGAAGCAGAUGCACUUCAAGCUCUCAAGCAGUACAAUGGUUUUCGUUUUCAUGGCCGACCAAUAGGAAUCACCAUGGAUGGCGGAUCAGCUGGUAGUGGCGACAUAAAAGAUCGGCUUGACUACAACAGAGUCUACAGAAGUGGCUAUCGUGGAAAAGACCGCACUGGCUACCGUCUUGGCGAUCGUACUAACAAACGGAGUGCAUACAAAGGCAGAAAAUUCAUUAAUUACAGUAAUAGAGAUGUCGAACGUGGUGGAAAUGGUAGAGGCGAGCGUGAUGUAAGUAGUGACGAACGCUUUGGCUACAUUGACAGCAACCACGAGAGAUGGUUUGGUAGGCGGGGUACCAGGAAUAAGGUAUAUAAUGGCAAUGAUCCGGAUAUUGAGUGUGAUGCCUGGCCAUAUAAUUCUGUUAGCAAUGUUGAGCAACAUUCAUGCUCCAGUAAGCUUUAUAACCAUAAAGCUUACUGGAGCAUGAAUGUUGCUCAACAUUGCUAA